GAACUUUUUUUGCGACAGCUUGCGCACCGACUUAGCAGCGCAAGAACGACCCACGCAGACUCUGAGCGAGCUGCAACGCUCCGUCUGGCAAAACUAUGUCGUCCGACCAGGAAAUUGGCGCGCCCUUCACGCUGGCUUCAUUGCCGCACUCAAUAAGCUCCCGCGACGGGCGCACACAUGCUGCCAGCGUCUGCAGCAUCAGCGGCAACAAGAAGAGGAAGCGGACCGAGAUUGCGAUUGGACUGGACGGGGAGGGGAUUUCAAUCUAUAGUCUGCAAAACCCUCAAUUAGUUACUUCGUACGCUCUGCCGCCGCAGACUUCCUUCGCAUCCGCUCCGUUCUCCGUAUAUCACAAGGGCUCAUCCAAGAGAGCCUCCCACCGCUACACGUAUGCAUUUGUUUCUCAGAACACACCGGGCGCAAAACCUCACCUCGUGUGCUUCGCUGAAGAGAUCCGCAAAGACUCCACCGCGGACACAGUCAAGACAACUUAUACGCCGUCGGACACCUCGCAGAGGAUCGUAUCUAUCGAUGUCGUCCCCGUCCCCGCUGGAGCAUCUCAACAGAAUACGUCACACGAAGUCCUGGUCAUCUUUGGAAAUGGCGAUGUUAUUUGCCUGUCAUCCGACCUUGAGGUGGUGAGAUGGGUCGCAAGCAUCUCUAACCUCGCACUAUCCUCAAAAAAUGCUUUUGAGAUUGAGCAUGCAUCCAUCAACCCGGCAAGAGCUCUCACCCGCGGCUUGUUGAACAACCGCGGAGACAUAGUCGCCGUUCUGAACCCUUCGUUGGACGAGAAGUCAGACCUUCUGGAUCUCACUCAUGUCAUGUCUGUGAUUGGCCGCGAGGCGGAUGGUCGCAGGAUGGUCGCUCUGUUCCAACUCCAACCUCGCUCGCCCGAUCUCUUAUCUAGCCGCCUACCGCCGCUGAAGCACCUCUCCGCUUGGGAACUACCAGCAUCGAACUUGGGAUCUGCACCUGAAGCUGGAACCCACCAAUUUGUCAUCCAUGCGAGCAACGGAACUAUUCACUGCCUGAGCAGCACCGGACUUGUUAGCUAUGAUUUCUCUGGAACCGUUCCAAAGAUCUCAUCCGAACUGAGCAAAUCCACUCUCCCCGUCGACUCAUUCCUGCGCAUCUCACAAGACCUGUUGCUUACAACUUCGCAAUCAGCUUGCCAAAUCGUCAACGUCAAGUACAACUCCGUCCACGCGGAGCGAUCGGUCGAAACGAGCACCCAAAGCCCUACAAAAGAAGGCCGAAAGCGAAAGCACACUGGACCCGAAUCUGAAGAGUCCACAUUGAAGGCUCCUGCAUUGAUUGCCUACUACGCUGAUCAAGGAUUAGCUGUGGGUACUUGGAACAGCGAGCUUGUUGGGUUCCAACUUGGCGAAAGUACCAGGCGCAAGCGCGUGAAAUCGCAGGGCGCCCGGCUGAUCGAUUCGCUUGGAAGGGGCAUUGCAGCAAAAACAGAAAACGAUCAAGAGGACAUGGCAAAAUGGCGAGAGCGAGUUCCUAAACUUGACAAGUACGCCCGCAAGGGAGAAGUCGCCAGGUUUGAGGAGAUUUUUGCAGCCGAAUUAGGUGUGAAACUCGAACCCGGAUCUGGAGCUGAGGAAAAGCUAGUCAACGGAAACGAAGUGAACGGGACGAAUGGAGAGCCAAGCUCCGACCUUCCACGCAAGUGGAUACUUUCCAAGAUCCUUUCGAAGACACUGUCCGCGGCCAAGCGAUCUCGACACCAACAGUAUGCGGCAUACGCGUUGAGCAGGAUAUUUGAAUGGGUAGAUUCGCCCUCAUCACACGGUCCGAGCGGAUACUUGAAGGUCCAAUUCUUCCCUCCCAAUGUGUUCGAAUGGCUCAUGCAUUCUGGAAACCUUACGAAAGAAUCCAUCCGCCGCGCUCUCCUAGACGACCCCUCCACCAAUCUUGGCAUCACCACGCCCUUCCGCGAUGGCGACAUCGUUCGCGCUGUUGUAAAUUUCGACCCAGAGCUACAUAUACUCUCAGCAAUCUUGAACCACAGCCACUUUUUGCCGGUGGGCGAAGUGGUCCAGGCGGUGAAGUUUCUGAUGCAGAGCCUCGACGACCAGCCCAAGCCUGAGAACACCAAGCUGCUCACAAAUGGGGCCGAAGCGAAUGGAACUUCCAUGGACGUGGACAUUGCGUCGGAACUAGACGCGGCAUCGCAUGAAAUAGAUCGUGCUUUGGCAAUGCUUGACAAUGGACUGGCAAUCAUGAGUGGCACACUCCGACCAGCGCUGAUGCGCCUCCACACAUUCUCCCCGAACGCCAUCAGCUCCACACUACGUACCAUGCUUUCGCGACACGAUCUCGAAUCGUUGAUCAAGGUGCUUCACUACGAGCUGAAGAACGGUGGCUGGACCGCUCCCUACGACUUCGGCGAUUCCGACGAAGUCGAGAGCGAACCCUCCUCCGAGGAAAUCGACGACAGCGCAGUCGCCAUCAUCGCUUCUCUCCUGAGCUGCACCCUCGAUGCCAUCGGCCCAGCCCUCUGGCUCACCUCGGUGGGCGACACCUCGACCGACGAGCUCAUCCAAGAGCUGCGCGAAGACGCCGAGGAAGCCCUCACCGGCUUCUGGGAAGCACGCUACAUCCGCGGCAUCCUGAGCGAGCUCCUACGGUACAGCUCGCAGCUGCCGAAAUCGCAGAAGCCGAGCAGCAAGGCGCUUGAGAAGCAAGGCAAGCCGUUCGCGCUCGACACCAAGCUCAACGAACUGCCCAUACUGCCGCUGGGCUCGAAGCCAGAUCUCGGCAUCAAGAAGACGAAGGCGGGCAAGGGCGGACAAAGAAAGGAGCGCAGCGCAAGGGAGAUGGGGAUGCUGAUCAGCAAGCGCGUGCCCAAGUACAGCUUCGAGAGGAUUGCGAUAUAGAUAGACAGUGUAGUUACAAGGUGCAUACGAAGACAGUGAAGAUCCCAUUUUCCAGCCGC